AUGACCAUCCUAGGUCCCCUCGGUCCCUCUCUCGCGCCUGUCGUCCGCAGGAACAGGUCGCUCUACCGCUUGAUCAAGCCAUUUGCCGACUGGUACGCCGACUUCUCCGGGUACAGGAAGGUCGGCUACAAAUACGAUGACCUGAUCCCCGAGGAACGUGAUGAUGUCCAGAAGGCUCUUUCGCGUCUGACUCCUCGCGAAGCGUAUGACCGUCAAUACCGGUUGAAGAGAGCAUCGCAAUGUAGCGUGCUCCACGACGUCCUCCCGAAAGAUCAAUGGACAAAGCCCUCCGAGGAUGUUCGCUACCUGGCCCCCAUCGUUGAGGCAGUGGAGAAUGAUGAAUUGGAGAGGAAAGCCUGGGACAGCAUGGUUCCUGUGAAGAAAUAA